AUGUUCUGUUCGCCUCCUGCCGGCUGCUUCGAAGGGAGGGUCAACUCCUUUUUCUGGUCUGAGUCUUUCUCUCCCGCGCGGCCUCGCGUCAACAGCUUCGUUUCCAAACUUGUCUUGCUCAUUGCGGCUUUCCUUUGGGCUUCCGACGCAGUCCGCGCGAUCCCAGUCUCUCGCCUUGCUCUUUUCUCUCAACCUCUUCUUCCUCCCUCCCCCCAGUCUUCUUUGCCUGCGAAGAAGUCCAUUCCGUUUCCGCCUCCUUCCGCUCUCUGGCCCCUGUAUGCUGACCGCCGGUUCCCCACCUGUCUUCAGGUCCACGCCUCCGUCGAUUCGAAGCCCGACCGUCCGCCGUCUUUCCAGCUGUCUUCUCCGCCUCCCCGUGGACGCGUUUCGGAGUUCGACAACCUCCGCGAAAACGACCGAGGCGCCUCGCCGGGGCUCAGCCGCGCCAUUCCCCAAGUCAGAAAUCUGGAGAGACAUGUCCCCGCAAGGUGCCUUGUUGUCGCGCCCAGAGAGAAACGCGCCUUUUCCUGUCCCUUUCCUUUCGGAGACAAUUGGGGACCAGCCGGAGACAGGCACACCGUGGCGGCCUUCCUGACACCAUGCGGCUCUUCCUUGAACGAGCAAAACGGUCUUUUCUCUUCACUGGUGCAGUGUAGCCUUCGCAGAGAAAGCAGCCGCAGUCGGAUUCGUCUCGCCUGUCGGGCGCGAGACUCCCGUUCGGGCUGCCACGCGCAUGCGCCUCCGACCUCUUCCCGGUGGCUGAAACCGAACAGCGGGGAGCAUGCGCGCGGUGGGAUUUUCAACCUUCGUGGCGAGGAAACGGGGCUUUCUCCAAGUCAGGCGGGCGCAGUCGCUUCCGCUGUGGGCGACAAGAGGAGUCGAGGGACAAGACGAGCCGACCGGAAAGUUUACUCUCGCUCUUCUCUCGCAAGUUGGUUAGGAGGGGAGUCGGCGCCUGAGGCGGGGCCCGAGGCAAUCUGUGGGGUACCAACUGCCGCCUCACACGUUGCGCUUCUCCCUGGAAGACGCCUGUGCCUUUGUAGGCUGUGUUCUUCUCACGGGGAGACGAAGGCAGGCAGAGACGGGGAAGGAAGGUCUGGAAGCCUGGCGGCAAGUCGGCGAGGCGCCGAGGCCGACUGCGGCGCUGAGCUAGCGUCUAGAGAGAGAGGAGAGCGACAAGGGGAGUGUUUGGAGAGUUUGAACGCACAGCAGGUGGAGCGAGAGAGCGGCGAUGGGGGCGUCUCUGUCGGUCCUCGCCCUGCAUCUUCCGUGGCCAAGAAGAGCCGAGAAGAAGCUCUGGAGGAACUGGAAAAGUACGAGAGAAUUCGCGACAGCCGUCUCCUGAUGAGUUGGGACGCGUGGGCGCGGGGGAUUGGAAAGAGCCCGGAAUACCUCAAGAAUCUUGUGACGCUCGCGUACGCCUCGCCCACGUCUUCGCUUCAGGAAGCGAAGAGCUCCGGAGGCAGUGGAGAGAAGGCGGACUCUCGCCCUGGCGACUCCUCCAGUCCCGCGGGGAAAACGCGAGGAGACAGAAGCUCUUGCGCCCACGAGAGCGACGAGGACAGACUGCGCAAACACCGAGAGAAUCGAGGCCGCGUGCUGGGGCAGCGCGGAGAGUGCGACGGCCGCGCGGCAGACGAGGGAAGAGGAACCGACGAGGCACGACGAAGCCCCGGGAAACGCAGAAGGACAGACGCAGGAGUCUCGGCGUCAGCGCCGGGCGACGCGUUUUCCGCGGGGGAAGAGAAAGGGACGGGGCAAGGUCCCGUGGAGACAGGCGACGCGUCGUCGUCGAGGCAGAGGAAGGUUGCCGGCUCCGCGAGGCUUCAUCUCCAGAUUGAAGAGCGAAAUGGAGCGGCGAGAAACGAGCCGGGAAGGAGCUGUGGAGGCGGCGAUCAGGAGGGCGCAGUGGAGGUGGGCCCGAGUGACGCUGUCCGCGCCUCUGAGCAGGAAGGCGAGGCCAGCGAUCGGUUUCUCGCACCCGCUCCCUUCGAGAGAGCGUCUGGAUAUGGCGACGGAGCAACGGGGACGCAAGGCGAGACCAUCCCGGCGCAGGUCGCGCGGGCCACUGGCAGACGAGCCUCAGGCGACCCGGCGCGCCCGCCGCCCACAGACGGAGACGAGGCGUUGGACGACUCGCCCGAGACGAGGUGGGCGGUGGGCAAGUUGGUGUCGAAGAGGGAGUACGCGCGCCUGCUGUCUCUCUUGCGCGUGGAGGCGAUUCACGCGACGCUCGAAGGGUCGGAGAACGAAGAGGAAGCCCCUGUGGAGACUUUGCGAGCGCGACGCCCACCGACUCUGGAGGAGUGGGCCGGAGCAGCCACGGGCGGAGACGUGAAGCUGCUGGGGGAGAAGCUGCGCGAGUCGCGCGCUCUCUUGGAUGUCUGUUUGCGACGCCUCCACCCGCUCGCCACUGUGGCUGUGCGCCGCUUCCGCAGCGCGAAUAUCUUUGCAGCCCAGCAGAGAAAACUGUACCAGGACCAGGGGGACUACGACGCCAUUCGAGCGCUCCUGGAGAAGCGGAACGAGGAAGAAAUGGAACUUCUCCUCGUCGCCCUGCAGGGAAUUCGCCAGGGCCUUAGACGCCACGCGCGCACCGCCAUGCGAAGGCGCGUGCGCCUCCUCAAGGCAGCCUCGGCCGCAAACACACAAGACGAAGAAGAAGGAGGAGAAGGAGGAGGAGACGAAGAAGCCCGGGAGGGUGGGGACGAGGACGGGGAGGAAGGCUGGACGCUUGUGAAGGAAACGAAGAGGGGGAGGAAGGGGAGGAAGAAGAUCGAGGAUCCCCACGAGACUGGGUCUGCGGAGGACGACGUUUCUCCGCGACUGGAGAACAAAAGAGAGAUCGGCCAAUCUGCAGCGCCCCUCCCCGAACUCCCGCCGCCGCCCAGCGUCGCGUACUGGCUGUGGAUGCGAACCGCCAUGGUAGACUGGGAGCAGCAAAAGAGACAAGUCACGCAGUUUCCGUGGCGAUGGUGGAGAGAAGCCGCGCGAGGUCGCAAGGCGUCGCACGGCUUAUAUGCGGAGUUGGGAAGAGAACCGACCGAGGCAGAAGUCGCAGAUCGCCUCGGAAUUUCGCUCGACAAGUGGCAAGACAUCAGCGUGGCUACCAAGGCGGCGACCGCUCUCGAGGCCGAACUCGGCGGGCCGCACGGCAGCCAAGAUCCAAACGACCGGCAGGACACUGUGGGAGAUUUGCUGGCGAGUGAAGACUCGGCGGAGAGCGACAACCAGAUGUUUGAGACUGAACUGGAGACGCAGGUUCUCGACUUGGCCGCGGAGUCGCUGCAGCCGGACGAGUAUCGGAUGGUUCAAGCGCUGAUUUCGGAGCCGCAUGCGUUUCCAGGCAGAUCGGCGGCUUCGGCCGGUUGGGGCGAAGAGAAGGAGGCAGUGCAGGCACAGACGCUGCAGUUCAUGGUCGGGGACUGCGUGGACGAGAAGCUGAAGAAGGCGAUCCAGAAGAUGAAGGAGGCGGAGGUGAAGCGCAUCCUCGAGAGCUUGAGUCCGGAGGAAAGACGCGAGGGCCUUGCGAGCCCCGACGCGCUCGAGAAGGUCGUGCAGAGGAAGAGCGCGGUUCUCCAGUUGUGCCUCGCAGCAAGCACCAAACAGGGCUUUGAGUGA